CGUUGGCCUGGACCCACACCUCACCGACGAGAGCUGCACAGGCAAGACAGGGCAAUUACGCAAACGGGGAAUCAGGGACCUAAAGCUGAGGGACGUCAUUACGUUGGCCAUUUUUUUUCUGCAGUUUUCUUUGAACUCUGUGCCUCAUUGACACUGGAUAAAAUAGAAAAAUGUCUAUUUCAAAAGAAAGUUUAGCAUUUGAUAUUUGUAACUUCUUACAGGUAAACGCUUUGUAACUUGGGAGCAUAAUUUAUACCUUGUAUGUUGUAAGAAGCUUUUAAUUUAAUACUCAGUCUCUUUAAAAUAUGUUAAAUUUUGUAUUUUCAAUUGGCAUAAUGUAAAUGCACAUUUUAUGCAUUUAUCAGUCAGUGGUAGGUAAGUAGCUGCACUUUUUUUUUUUUAAAAAAGAAUCUUUUUGAACAUUUUGUGGAGGUUAUUGUAGAAAUAAGACUUUCAAUUAUUGUGAAUAAUAAGCUUUACGGGACAUGUAAAAAUUCUGAACAGCCAUUUGUAUCAGAGAUUUUUGUAGUACUGUGUUUUUGUUUAUUAUAAUAUAUUUAUUUAACUGUUCGAAAUUUUAUGAAAAUUUUCUAAUCUACAGUGAUCCAUGUAGUAUCCUUCAAUAGUUUAUAAGGUUUGGUCAUUUCAUUUUUUUUUUGUACCAUCACACUAGGGGGUUGGUUGUAGCUUUUGAGCCCUCUAACAUCAUGAGUAAUAGAUAAAAAAGUUAAUUUCACAAUUUUGUUUGCAACUCCUAUUAGGGCGAUGAAGAUUCAUGCCUCUGUCAGUCAUACCGGUGUAGAGAUUGGCAGUGUGGGCCGCAGCAUAACUCCGUAAGCUUAGUCGCAACCAUACGACUUGUAAGAUGUGCAAUGUCAAGCUCAGUCUCCAGACAUAAAAGCCAUGUUGUCAGCAGUGCCUUGUACGAGUGAUACAUGCCAAUAGUCAUUCUUACCAGAUUUACCACCUUUCUAUUUCAAGUUUCCGUCACCCACGGUCUUGGGAUUGAGACCCGGGGCGGUCCUAGUGGUUUUCAGUGGCUCUAAAGGAAAUCUCUGGUGGGCGCCAGGUUAAUUUGAGGAUUAACCGAGGUGGUCGUGGGUUUUUGCCCCUGCGUGUUCCACUAGGAUUGACUGCUGUUGAUGGUGGGAGGGAGUCCCUACUCCUAAUAAGCACUGUCACUAAACAGAAUAGAGGACCGUUUCCUAAAUGUUCAGGGGGCUCUUGCGAAAUAAAGAAACUGUAUUUAGGUGCUGGUUUUUUAAUCUCGUAUCUCACAUAGUGUGGAUGGGGGCACAAAUUACACAAUUACACUGGACAAAAAAAACACGGCACUACAUAAACUUGCACUGAUAAUUAAUUAUGUAUUACAUGGAUGUUACAUUAUGGCACUUGCAAACAAGGUCCCUACAUUUAUUUGUGGGUCGAUGAAGAGUUUGGGUGUAUUAACGGCCACUCCCGUGAUGAGCUGUAGAUAGAUUCAUGCCCGGGCUCACCUGUGAGAGUUGCGGGACCACGAAGAUAAUAUUAAAUGGCAAAGUCUUUAAAAUUGCAGUCGGCAGGCAUAUGCUCGACGAAUUACGUGAAUUUCUGUUCGCGGGAGUCGGCCCGGACCGCAAGAUGACUGUCGCGAACCUCUGUUCCGCGACGAGCAAAAAUUAAAAGCGGCCGGGAUGAGCCCUGCACCGGGAAAGGGCACGGGGGCACGCGGGGAGAGAAAGGAGGAAAAAUGUUUAAGCGAAUCAGAAGCACAAUGUGUUGAAGUCUCCCCGCGGGAUCACACGUCCGCCCCGGCUCGUGAGUAAGACUCUACUGCCGCUUUGUGCCGGCUUGGGAGGGGAGGAAGCGCCAUGACCCGCCAAACUUUCUAAUGUGCCGUUAUUCCAAUUUUAUAAUCAUAAUUAGUCAUUAUUAUUUAUAGAACACUCGUAUCUUAAUGACAUCGGUCUGAAUUAGUUAGUGGAAGGCCUAUAAUAAUAAUACAUAACAAAAUUUAGAUUAAUUACAUUUGAAAAUAAAAAGUCAAGCUGGAGACUUGUCUGUCACUUGUUGACUACUCCACAGGCUAUUUGCAAGUAAAAACGAAGGUAAAUUAAGUUGGUUAACACUGUGGUUAAUUAUUGGCGGAAGGCCACAAGGGACGUUCCGGACGUUUAUUAAUUGCGGUUUCCCACGGGGGAAACCGCUGCACCCCUAUGACGCACUUUCACUAUUAAGGGUUGUUCUGCUAAUUAAAAAUCAAUUAAUCACAGCAAUUUAUGAUGCGUGAGAACUGUUUGGUAGUGUUGGCAUAUGGACGUAAUCUGUGAAGGCACUCACCGACGUCGGCAGCUCGCUUGACUCACGUGAAAUGUGCUAGGGGUGCUUUCCGUUAGCGGGGUUUAAUACUGGCGGGUGGAUGCCGGGCUUUAUGGCCUUCGGAGGGACGACGACAAAGUAAGCCAUAGGUACUUAGUACCUAUAACAGCCGGGGUUACCUCUGUCAAACUCCUGUCAUCUACCAGUCUCUUGUCGUGGUCAUGUCUCGGCUCGACCUGAACUAGCUCGAAGGACUGUAAUUAAAGCCAGUUGGCGCCUUUAUCAUCAUCACCAGUAUCUCCAGCCAAUGGAAGAUGAUGGCAGGUUAUAAAAACUUACACUAGCCUAUUGCUGAAAACAUGGGCGAUGUUGAAUAAAUGUUGAGGGGCCCUGGGUUGCUUCAUGCGCCUAGCCCCGAUGAAAGGAGGGGAUGUGGCACUAGGAGCCAGCUUUCUGUUAAAUGUGUCGCGGCCUCGUCUCUGGUGAAGAUGUGGAGACGGGGUGGACGUCGCUCGGUCGUUCAGUUGUUGUGUUGUUUGCCCGGCACCAGCUCUUGGGUAGAGCAGCCUCACACUCUGAGGCGGGAGUGGACCGUUCGGCCCAGUGCAGCUGACCGAGGACGUGCGGACAAGGAGUAGCUAGCAGGAGGAUUGGGUGUAGAAGAGAGGAUGCCCGCGGUCUCACGAAGAGUCGCUAGCGGAAAGGAUGGAAGUUGGAGAGAGGGAUGCCCGCGGUCUCACUAAGGGCCGUAUUAAUAGUCGGGUUUCAGGUCUUGAAACUAGUUUUGAGAGGAGAUUCUGUUUAGUAAACGACUCUUGAGAUACGAUAUUAAAAUGUAUGUUCAGAUAACUCUCAGCUGAGUAACAAUUACAAUUUCGUUUCUUGAAACCCGUUUUUGCUGUUCAAUAGUCGACUCCUGAGACUUCUGCUUAUUAAUAGUCACAGAAUCCAAUUUCAAGUGAGCUCGAAAACUCGGGAAAUCAUAUAUCACGCAAUUGUGGAUGCGAGGUGACUUGAGACACAAUUUAGCAAUUUCGGUUUUAUUUAUUGUGGUAUAAGUAUUUAUUUUGGUUUUUUUCUUCCAUUUAUUAAUGUUCUGAAACAGACCCCAAUAAAAUAAUAAGGUAAGGAACGAUAAUAAGAUUCAGUAAAUUACUAAAGAGAAAAUAUAAAUAAGAAUAGACUCAAUAAAACUGUGGAACCCUAAUGAGCCAAAUUAGAAAACAGUGGUUUUAUUUGGCAUUAUUUAUGGUAUGCAAGUUCUUAAGUUUGCACACAGUGGAAUUUGAAAAAGUUCCACUGUACUGCAAGCUCAGGCGUUUGUAGGUUAGGUUAUUUUGGAUUUGUACGAAUUUUACUAUAGCCUAAGUAGCUGUUACAUAAAACCUGCGGUUUUAAUUACAUUUUUAUCCAAUCUUACAAACCUAAACCACCUAACCCCGAAACAGCCUAAGUGAAUAACAAAUUGCACAAAAAUUUGUAAUAGGCCUACUGUAAUCAAUACAUGGAAAUACAUCUGUUGGCCAAAUAUUCGUUAAAUUGGUUUUAUAUUUUAACCAAUAUACCUAUACAGGUCAUAUAAAACUUUACCUGUAUUUGAAUAGGUGAUAGUGAAUCGUAAUUAUGUGAGCUCGUGUGUCAGUUUAUGUUACAGAGUUGUAAAUUAUGCUUUCAGAACUUCAAGUUUUCACAAAUUGGUUCCUAAGUAGGCAUUUUGAAUUUAUGUUGGUCUUUAACAUUCUGUUCCAAUUUUUAUAUUGUGAAGUAAAUCUCGGCUAAUGUCACCAUCUCAUAAUGUAAUUAUUGGUACAGUAUUUGGUUACCUACAUAAAUAUGUGAAUGACUUCAGUUACAGAUCUGAAUGGAUUUACCUCGUAUUGUCCGUCGUGAUGAUCCCUUGGAUUUUGAUGGUCACAAUGAUGACAAUUGUCGUGAAGUACCCAUAUUCCGCCUGAGGAAACGUUACAUCAGAGAUGCAAGGAACCCCUUUGAGUGGUGGGCAGAUAAUGAAUUUAUAAAAAGGUACAGAUUUUCAAAACAUGCAGUAAUGCAUGUAAUAUUGCCUCAGAUAGUGCCGGCAAUACUACACAAUUCGAACCGAGGCUUGCCACUAGCACCAGUCCGAAAACUCUUGCUAUGUUUGCGAUUCUAUGCAACAGCGUCUUACCAGAUAGUCUGUGGUGACAUUGACAGUGUUUCACAAGCCAGCACAUCCAAUAUUGUAAAGGAAGUGUCGAGAAUCAUCGCACACUUGCAUGUACAGCACAUCAAAUUUCCAGCAACAGCAGCAGCAAAAGCAGCUAAUAGGGAACAAUUUGUGCUACUAGGGAGGGUUGGUGGUGUUGAUGGCAUCCCAGGUAUUGAUGGAGCCAUUGAUUGCACUCAUAUCAAAAUAGUUGAUACACCAGGUCGCCACCACGGUGAGGCAUACCGCAACCGGAAAACAUUUUUUUCCAUAAAUGUGCAGGCAGUCAUGGGUCCCUCAAUGGAAUUCCUUGACAUUGUGGCAAGAUGGGCAGGCAGUACCCAUGACAGCAGGAUAUUUCAAAUGUCACGGGUAAACAUGAGGUAUGUAGAAGGGCAACUAACAGGGUCUCUCCUUGGAGAUAAUGGAUACCCUGCUCUGCGACAUCUGUUAACCCCACUGCUAAAUCCUCUGACCAAGGCAGACAGGCUAUACAAUAGAGCUCAUAUUAAGGCAAGAAACAUUAUUGAACGUGGGUUCGGAGUCUGGAAACGAAGGUUCCCCUGCCUGAGACGAGGUUUGGGAAACGCACUGCCUACUGUCUCCAAUAUUAUUGUUGCCUGUGCUGUCCUGCACAAUAUUGCAGUGGCAGGAAAUGAAGAUUUGCCUGAUGAUGCUGACGAUGCUAUAGAACACUUUGUUCCGGUCGGCCAUGUACAAGCAAGGGUUGGAGAAGGUCAUGCAGUUCGGCAAGCUAUCAUUCUUGCACAUUUUGCCCAUGGUGCCCUUGGUGAUGACCCUGACCUCUUGGAAUAGGCUACAGAUGGGGUAGACACUGGAGAAGCAACUUCAUUUUGGUUGGAAUGUGCUUGUGCAUGCACACUGCCGUCAUCAAUAUGCAGUGGCUCAGCUGCAUCUACAUCAAUGAAAUAAGAAAUAAGAAUUAAAAUAAACAAUGUAUGUUAAUGUAAAUAAAUAAAAAACUAAUUAUAAAAAUAAAUUCAAAAUCUAUAUUGUAUGUGCAUAUAUGCAGUAAUAUUUAUGUAUGCAAGUAAUUGUUAAAAUGUAUUUAGAAAACAAGAAUUCAGUUGAAAGGAAAGAGGUGAAAUAUAGCUUUGCAUUGUGAAGGUUGUAGUAGUGUUUUAAUGUGUGCCCGACUAUGAACUUGUGUUCUACAUCUUUUAGGAUACAAUAUUUACUAUCUUUCCCCAUAUUUAGAUUAUUUUAAUGUAUACAUAAUUCUUCAUCUCUUAAACAGAAUGACAUUUCAAAACAUCCCAGUACAAAUUAAACUUUUCACCAUCAUCUAACCAUGAUUAUUAACAGGAUAAAAUUAACUUAUUUCUUAAAAGGAGGGACAUUUAAGACAAUGCAUAAUUAUUGUAUCCAGUCGGGGUCUAGUUUAUAUUUGAACAAAUGCUGCCUGAAAACACAACUGCAUACAGAGUAGGUAUAAGGAAACUAUUAACUCAUUUGUAUUCCUCUGAAAAAACCAUGCUCCUGGUCAGAAUACAGCACAACAUUUUGCAAAUGUAAGAAACUAUACCUAUUUAUUUUUCAAUAACAUCCACCCUAUUCAAUCACAAGAUAUUUAACAUGAUAGGAGCUUUAUUUUAUUAAAAUUUAAGUAUAAAAAAGAAAGAAAAUGUAGUACAUAAUAUUUAUUACAGCAGUGGAUUAUUAUGCAGUGCAAUGCCUCACCUAACACAGCAUCAUCUUCCGGAUACAUAACAUAUAUAUCGUCACAUGUGAAAGAUUUACCUGAAAGAAAAAAAAAUUCAAUUCAAAAAUUUACAUUAUGAGGAUAGAAUGCACAAUGUUCCUACAUAUCAGUCCUAUAAACAGUAAGGCAUUAUAAGGAUGCACAUACUUAAAAAAAGAAUUGUUGGUAAAUGAUGAUUAUUAUUAAUGCUAUAGCCCGUCCCACUCUUAGAUUGCAGUAGUGAUGGGUCGUUCGCGAACGAGUCGUUUAUACUGAACGACUCGUUUAUGUGAGCGACUCGCGAGUCGCUCUUCAAAAAAGAGCAUAUCAUUCGCGAACGAUAUUAAAGGUAAGAAUCGGCAGGCUAUAUUCACGAAUGAUACACAGAAAGGAAUGGUUGAAUGACUUUGGCUCGCUCGACGAAAUGUGAGAAUGAAGCAGAUAUCUCGUAGGUGUGAUAACCUUGGCUUGUUUGGAUGAAAAAUGAGACAAGAGAAGUUGGCGGGUAGCAGAUAAGACCGCUAGUUUGUAGGCUUAUAGAAUUUCAUUAUCGCGUGUUUUCUACAAAGACACAUCUUUGGUAACAGAUUCAUAACGUUGGAGCGUGGUAUCUGCUUUAAAUCACACAGCACAGCAUUCUAUUUUUUAAAUCCUAGAGAGAAACAAUACGAAAAGAGUGCAGGUUUCUUUUAUCGUGGAAAAAUAUUGUAAAGAAAAAACCUUACAACAUGCCACAUCACAUAUUGUGUAAUAUUGGGUUUAUUGACUUAAAAAUUAGCUAAAAAUUGUGAAAAUUGUUUUAAAAAUUGAUUCGACUACUCGGUAAAAAAGCAAUGUAACGUCUUGAAAUAAUUUUGUGAUAUCUUGGAUUAAAAAAACAUAUAAAAUUUUACAUAUAUCCUAUAGCUGCACAGAAAUUUUGAACAUAAUUAAUUUAAAAAUAAAAUUAGGUGAGAUGGUAAAUUACGCAUUUAAAUUAAAUUAAUAGCUACAUGAAUUUAAGCGAAAAUGAUUACCUUAUGUUGACUGCAGCAAGUGUAUAUUUCGACUUUCAAAACGGAACACUUAGGCCUAUGUACUAGUUGAGAUGCUAAUU